UCACAGACCAUAGCAGACUAUGAAGGUGUCUGUUGUUUGAACAAGGACUCAAACAAUUUAUUGGGUUUGUGUUUGAUAUUUACUGCUCGAAACAAAUCGGUUUAUUUCUCUUUUUAAUGUUCACAAGUCUUGAUGCGAUCAAUUAAUGUUUAUAAUUAAAACACAGUGCAAGAAUAAAACUAACAUUUCGAACAAAUACAUGUUUUGUAAAGUCGAGUGUGUGGAUUCCAGGGUCAGUGUUUUAUUAAAAAGUGGAGUAUUUAUCGCUUUUUAGCGAUGUGUGAUGUUAUAAAAUUGAUUUGAUGGUGUUUUUAAAAAAUUCAUGGUGUUUUCUAAGUUUUUAGUGGUGUUUGGAAAGUAUAUCGUGAAUCAUAGGUUCCACAACAGAGCAGACGGAUUCUACCAUGGUCGUAAAACGAUUCUCCUGUUUCAGUUCUGCAGAGAGUACGGAGUCACCGAUUUUAGAGGAGGCGGGAGAGAGUGGUUCAGAACAGAAGCCAAAGCCUCCAAUUAAAUAUGGAGAACUCGUCAUACUCGGAUACAACGGCUUCCUACCGGCCGGCGAACGCGGACGGCGCAGAAGCAAAUUCGUAUUAUACAGAAGGCCCCAACCAAAUGGUGUGCGAAGGUCAAAACACUAUGUGGUGAAGACGCCACACAGCAGUAAAGCAAUUCUCGACGCGAGCCAGCACUCCAUAUCCUACACGUUGAGCCGCAGUCAUGCGGUCAUUGUUGAAUACACAGAGGACCUAGAAACGGAUAUGUUUCAGAUUGGCCGGUCGUCAGAAUCUCCGAUCGACUUUGUCGUCAUGGACACAGUCGCUGGCGAUAAGACAGGUGAUACAAAAGUAUUGCAGAGCACCAUAUCCCGCUUCGCGUGCCGCAUCAUAGCGGACCGCAAUGAUGUUAACAAUUGUCGCAUUUUUGCCGCCGGUUUUGACUCGUCAAGAAAUAUCUUCCUAGGGGAGAAAGCCACAAAAUGGUCGGAGAAUCACGAAAUAGACGGUUUGACGACGAAUGGUGUGCUCAUAAUGCAUCCCAGGGGUGAUUUUUGCGGGGGCAGCGCCACCUGUGGCCCGUGGCGUGAAACUUCAGUCGGCGGGGCUGUCUUUUCACUUAGGGAGAGCCGAUCUGCUCAGCAAAAGGGUCUACCGUGUCAGGAAGAAACAAAUGUACUGCGGGAUGGGACUAUGAUAGACUUAUGUGGGGCAACACUUUUAUGGAGAAGUGCUGAAGGACUGAAAAACUCACCGACAAAACGCGAUCUAGAAGCACUUGUGGAUGAACUAAAUGCGGGUAGGCCACAGUGUCCCGUGGGUCUCAAUACACUGGUCAUACCGAGGAAGCUGUCUACUGCUCAUCAAGACCUGAACCAGCCCUAUGUAUACCUUAAUUGUGGACAUGUUCAAGGCGAGCACUCCUGGGGCGCGGAAGGUAGCGAGACGGGUGUGCGUCGUUGCCCUAUGUGCCUAACAGCUGGAUCCGUAGUGCGUGUUUGUAUGGGAAUCGAACCCGCCUUUUACGUUGACUCCGGCCCGCCCACCUAUGCGUUCAACCCCUGCGGACACAUGGCUUCGGAAAGGACAGUCAAAUAUUGGGCAACAGUUGAUAUUCCGCACGGAACGAACGGAUUUCACGCGAUUUGUCCGUUUUGCGCAGCGCCGUUACAAGGCACACCCGGCUAUGUGAGACUCAUCUUUCAGGACAAUCUUGACUGAAUAUCCGAGCGAAUGGUUUGCUAGUAUCAAGUAACCGAAGACAAGGAACACGAAAUUUUUAUGCAUUAGUUAUGACUACCCUCCGUUACUUGAGGGUACUUUCAUGACACACCAAAAUCAUAUGGAAUCUCAUUUUAUUCCUAUAAAGGAUGCUUUUGGUUAUGUAGAAAAAUAUAGUACAAACAUUACUUGCCUUGUAUUAAUAUGUUUUUCGAUGUUUUUAAGCAAUAGUAUUAAUACAAAAGGCAUCCGAUAAAUUAAAAUUGGGAAAUAAUGUAUUAUCAGCAAUAAUUGAUUGUAGUUGAUCGAAUGAAAAAAAAAACUUGGUGUUCUAGUGGCAUUGAAUCCAAUACUAAAUUGAGGAUAAGAGUGACAACUUUUUGGGUAAGAAACUGAGUCAAAACUAAGAUUUAGCGCAAACCAUGAUUAUGACCGUAUGUUAUGCAGUACAUAUUUCACUUAUGGGGUAUAUAUCAUCAAGUCUCGUUUCUGAGUAUCUAAGCGAUAAGUUUUUAAUUUUUAAGAUUCCCGUACGGUUAUAACGUGUGCAAUGUUGACGUACAGAAGUCAUACUUAGGCUUCCUGUGUUGCUACAUUUAAUAUUUUCAAAACUACCUUGAAGAAUACCAAUAUCAAGAUUGUUUGUGGCAACACUGAACUUUGACAAUUGACUGGUGUCAAUUGUUCCUUUUUAACCACGCGCCAACUGACCUGUUUAAUAAAACAAUAAAUAUCCUUUAAACUAUUUAAUUUUUGGAAUUUAAAUUCUUUAACUCUAAAUUAGUUUUGUUAAAUGUAAUAGCUACUCAAAGGUAGAUAACAGAUAACGGCAUGAUCACCGGUAUAUAAAUUUUCAGUAGAAGACAUUAUUAAUAUUUUAAGCGGGGUUCAUAUCUGAAAUGUCAACAGUGUUUUUUAUUAUUGGUGAUAGAAUGGGUUUACAUUUGUCUCAACCCAGGUGUUAAUAUUUUGUUAAAAGCUCCAUUUAGUUUCUGCGUCAAUAUUCUCAUAAUGUUUCAUAUAAAUUCAAGUGUUCGUGUAUUUAAAUGUAAGAUAUGCUUUGUAAAUCGCUCUCGAAAUGAAUUAUAACAAUUUCUGCAGAUUAUUUUGCUAUAUGCGAAUAAAUAUGUGUAAAUAUAAGUUUAAUUUAUGUUUUUGUGUGGCUUAAUAUAAGAUGUACUAGUGGACCGAGCUGAAUAAAAUAAAUUUCGAUACACAGCUGUAAUUAUCACUUUAUAUUUCGAUGUCCGAAAAACCAGUACAAUAUAAUAUGAAUCAUUUACAUAGAUAAAAACGAUAGUGACAGUUCAGACGCCAUCUUAGUAUAUACAAAGAUGGCGCCGUAACCAUGGUAACAUAUUUGCUCACUCCUUUUUGAAGGAAAUAAACUUAAUAAAUUGAGGUGAGUGAACGUGGGAAUUUAUUUUACGUUUUGCACCAUUUUAACUAUUUUUACAAGCACAGAUUAUAAAAAUUUCGAACGACUGUUUCGGGAGACCCAAAUUUAUUUUCGUUUAUGGAUCUCAUCUCCCAAGUUGCGAUAUAUUCAUAUAGGUAAUGAAAUUGUAAAAAUUAAAUAAGUUAGUUGUAGAUUAGCUUACAUUUGAAAAUUAGUUUUUGUACAAUUUAAACUAGUUUAGAAGUUUUAAUUUCAAACGUUGGGUAUAUUGUAUAUCGGGCUUUAUUUCGUGUUUCAAGUCUGCUAUUAUAGUUAUCAUUAAUAGAGCAAACAGUGAGACAAUAUUUAAGUAGAUCAGAGUUUUAACAGUGUUGCUACAUCUUAUAAAUGUGGCAACACUUUAGGCUCCGUUCUUAAUAUUACAAUAAUAUGUUAAAGCAAAAGUGAUAACAUUAUAGCUUAGUAUUUUGGCCUUUUCUGCAGUUAUAUUAUUCAUAAAAUCUACCUUCAAUUUAGUGUUCAUUUAGAUUUUAAUGAAUUUUGUUUUACGCUUGUGUUUUGUAAUGGAUGUUUGUUUAGCACUACACAUGGUUACGUCAAACACACGAACCAGGUUAAAAAUGCUGUUUUUUGCAGAACAAUAUUUGCAACUGGUAACACAUUCAUAGAUACUAAAAAUCAGCAUUUUUAGUUUGAAGAACUAAUGAUUCAAUGUAUUGACAGUGACACUAACAUUAGUCGUAAAUAAGAACUGAAUGCUAGCCUUAAUAUUAUUUAUGAUAAGUGCUAAGUCAAUAAAACACUCUUUUGAGUUAGAAAAUUUU